AUGGACCACAUGAAGCUUUCUUUAUUUUGCAGUUUUCUCAUCCUGCUUUUAUCUUCGGUUAUAUCCGGAAAAAGUAGUCGUUUAAUUUCAAGAGGCUGGGAUCCCAAGCUAAAACAAAAAAUGACAACUAGGUCUUCCAAGCAGAAACAAGGCCAUAAGACUUCUAAAAUUGUAGCAGAGGAAAAAGAAGAAGUUAAUAGGGCUUCUGUCAAAAGACAUGCUGCUGGUACUUCAGAUCAAAAACAAAGAAGAAGGACUGAAACUUCAUCACAAAAACAAGAAAGAAUAAGUGAAAGUGAUAAACAGAAACGAAAAGAAACAGUAACGUUUCCAUUACAGAAGCAAAAAGAUGCAACUGCCACUUCCUUAAGGGAGAAAGAGGAAAUAUCUGGAAUUGCUGACCGGGAGAAAAAAACAAGUUUAAUUUGUGAACGGAAAAAGAAAGAAGAAAGAGCCGGAAUAUCGCGGCAAAAGCGUGAAAAAGAAGCUAUAGCUCCUGAACAAGAACAUAAAGCAACAAUUGUAACUCCUGUGCAAAGGCAAGAAAAAGUAACUAAAACUCCUAUGCAAGAAGAAAAAAGAAGAAAUGUUGCGCAGAAGGAAGAGAGAAUAGUCAGAACUUCUAGCCAAACUUCUAAGGCUCUAAUACCGAAAGAACGAGGAACGGUUGAAACUUCAGCUGAGGAGCAAGAAUUGCGAACUGAAAUCUAUUUUCAAAAACAAAAAGAAAUUACUAAAACUUCUAUGCAGAAGCAAGAGAAAGUAACCGAAACUUUGGUGCACAAGCUAGAAGCAGCACCUAUGCAGAAACAAGAAGGAGCGCUUGUCCAGAGGCAAGAAAGAACAACUGUAACCUCAACGCACGAACAAGAAGGAACACAUGGAGUUCUUGAUCAGAAACAGGGAACAACAGCUAGAACUCUGAUACGGAAGCAAAAAGAAAUACCUAUGACUUCGAUGCAAAGGCACGAAGGUACAACCGGUACUUCAGAGCAGAAACAAAAACAAACAGUUGGAACACCAGUACAGAAGCAAAAAGUCGUUCCAGUGCAAAAACAAGAAACAACAAAUGAAAAUCCAAUGCAGAAGAAAGAAGAAAUAACUGGAACUCUAGUGCAGAAACAAGAAACAGCAACUGGAACUAUUGCUCAGAAGCAAGAAGAAACAAUUAAAACUUCAUUACGGAAGGAAAAAAAGAAAAAAACUGUUGAAACGCUGGUGCAUAAGGAGGAAACAACACUUGAAACAUCGGUGCAAGAACAAGAAAGAAUACCUGAAACAACCGUACAAGAAGAAACAGCUAAAAGUGGUAUGCAGAUGCAAGAAGAAAAACUUCCGGAUGCUUCGGAAAAUGAAAAACUUGAAGUGUCUGCCGCAAGUUCAAUGCAGAUGGGACCGACUAUAAAUUACGUGCAUCCAUCAACGGCACCACUUUUUCCCUGUCAGGAAGUACAGUUGAGGCCAAUCAAAAUGCAGAUAGAAGCUUCUAGAGCGCCCCUUUAUAACCAAAUUGUUCAACAAUAUGGACCUAUUUCUGUUCCUCCAUUUCCGCAACAAGCUGCGACGCAAAUUUCAGAGGCUUCUGUACAUGAAACAGUUUCCAUUUUGUCAUAUUCAGUACAGUCGAACAUGCAAAUGGUGGAAACUCAAUUAGGACCGCUAUACACCCAAAUUCCACAACAAUAUGAACCAAUCCCUGUUCAGCCAUACCCAGUACAGCCCGAAAUGCAGAUGGUGGAAACUCGAUCAGGACCGUUAUACAGCCAAGUUCCACGACAAUAUGGACUCGUUCCUCUCUUAUCGCAAUUUCCCCCUCCAUUUCCCGAAUUAAUUGUACCGCCAAUGGCUGGAAUUCCCACACAUCCGCUACCUGGUCAAGUUAUACCGCAAUUCCCACCACCAGUCCCCGGAUUAGCUGUGCCGUCAAUAGCAGGAAUUCCCACAUAUCCGUUACCUGGUCAGGUCAUACCGCAAUUUCCUCCAGCAGUUCUACCUGUACCACCAAUAGCAGGAAUUCCCACAGAGCUAUUGCCUGGUGAAGUCGCACGGCAGUUUCUUCCGCCUCUUCCCGGACCUCCAAUAGCUCCUGGACCCAUUCAAGUCUUACAGCAAUUUGGUGUACCUCAUCCAGGACAGUUUCAAUUAGCACCCGGACCGUCUAUGCUUCCGAUUUCAGGAUUCCCACAAUAUAAUCAGCCAUACUCUCAGGUGCCACCUAGAAUAUUUCCUGGAAGUAAAGUAAAGCAAUUUCUGAAUCAAACUCAACAAUAUAAACCCCGUUAUAGGGCUAAAGGGGUUCUGGUCACCGAAGUAACCGUCCAUUUGUCCAAUCCGCCAACCAAUCUUUCUGUGGCGGAUAAUAAUUUAGAACAUCGAAAAGCAGAUACUAAAGAGAAAAAUGAACCGGAAGAGAAAAAAGAGCAAAAGGCAACCCAAGUCAAAUUCAUUUACGGUGAGGGUUCCAUGGUACGAAUUGAGGUAUCCGAAACACAAGAUAUUUCAAAGCAAUCGAAUAUCAGGUCAUGGCCCCGUGCCAGGAAGCAUCGUCGAGACAAAUUGGUUAUCAGACGUCAGGCUAAAAUGAUUGAUGAGCUUUUUCUACACGGACUAUCCGAUUCGAAGAGCUCAGAAGUGGAAUGUUGGGAUGAAAAAUUGGACGUAUCUCUAGAAAAUAUGCCAGAGAAAGUAUUGAUAAAAAUUUUUAAAUUCAUCGCUGAAGAACGAAACAAUAAUCCAAAUGUAAGCAUUAAUAAGAUGUACCGGCUGAAAUUGAUAUGCAGACGAUUUAAUGAUGUAUUGGAAAAUAAUGCGAAGGCAUUACCACUAUAUCAAGUUUCUGGACUUCGAAUUCAACCAAAAAAAGUGGGGCCAUUAGGCUAUUUUACAAUGGUUUAUCGUUAUGGUACAGGUGCCUUCGAGCCUCAAUGUGCUUGUUUGGAUUUAAUUGAUCUGCCACCGUUUCUGAGGCAUGACAUUAUAAAUGGUUUUAUACACAUAGAUAGAAUGGAACUUACAGAUCGGCUCUUCAUAACAUUGAAUAAAUUGACUUAUGGUGAAAAUGUACAAAAAAUCAUCUUUUCGAGAAUUGAAUCAAUUAGUCUUACUCCUGAAAGUGGAAUUUGCAUGUUUUUGGAUAAAUUUCCCAGAUUGUCGGAUCUAUGUUUCUUCGGUCAUUAUAACGAGAAUGAACUCGACCUUAACCAUAGUCAGGUAGUGAUGGAAAUGUAUAGAAGUGAAUAUGGCAACGGAAUGCUUACGGGAAAAGAAAUGAGAAUAAUGAUGGAAAGUUUGAAAAAUAAAAGAAAAAAACAAACUAAGCGAUCUGGGAUAAAAACAGUAGUCCCAAGAAAAACAAUAUUUAAAGAAUCGAAGUAA